AUGGCGGCGCUGCUGGUCGACAGCGCGUCAAAUAUCCCUUACUUCUCUCUCUUUCUCCUUUCUCUCUCGCGAAAAUUCCCCAAUCGCCGACGAACCUCGCCUCGCUUUAUCUCUCCUAGUCCACAAAUUUUGCCGCACCCGCCGCCCUGCAGUCCCACUGGCCAGCAGACCUGCGAGACGGUCUGUGGCUCCAACCUGAGCCUGCUCCUCCUGGGCCUCUACCUGAUCCCCAUCGGCGACGGCGCGGCGCGCGCGUGCCUGCUGGCGCUGGGCGCUGGGAGCAGCGGCAGGAGACGAGCUUCUUCAACUGGUGCUGCUGGGGAUGCUCAUAUGGCUGGCUGGCUUCUCUUUCUACAGGAAUCAGCUGCCCGAUGGAAGCUCCAUCACGAGAAUCUUGCAGGUUCUUGUUGUGGCAUUCAAGAAAGAAAUGUUCAGUUGCCUGACAACUCAAGUGAACUGAAGCAGCUGAACCAAGAUGGAUCUCAUGGAGCCCGAAGAACCCAGGGACAAGGGAGUCGACUGCAGAUAUUUCCUUUGGCAUGAUGAUCCACACACUUCAUUUGUGAGCAUGUUGUGUCUCGACUGAAGGAACGGCAGCUUGUCGAAGAAUAAGAUGUUGGACGCGUAUCUGCGUGAUUUGGAAGCCAAGCAUCAUGGAGAAGUUGUUGUCCUGAAGAACAAGAUUCAGAAAGUGCAGUUGUUCCUUGUGGUUGCUCUGUUCUGCUUUGCCAUUUCCUUCUUUUGGAAAUGAUUUACAUCAUGAAAAAUAUUGUUUGUGAAGGACUCAUUUAUGUAUGCUGUUAAGCAAGAUGCAAAAUGUAUGUUGGAGAAGUUGAUGUCCUGAAUGUAUGUUCUGUUAUGAAAACAUUCAGAAUUUGUAUUGAGUGAUGUUAUGAAAAAUCAAAUUUUGGUACUUGUGCUA